GGAAGUCACUGUCGCACAAUUUGAUGACGUAGAAUUUAUGCGUCCGAGAAGAAAGUCAGGAACCAACUUCGCAAACUAACGUUAGCAGGUCUCGAGCCUUGUGCUGGCAAUGGGGGACAUGAAGACCCCUGAUUUUGAUGAUUUGCUGGCGGCUUUUGACAUCCCUGACAUUGAUGCCAAAGAGGCCAUUCAAUCAAGUCCAGAGGAGGAGCGGGAUGAGGUGGGGACUAAUUCAGAUGAGGGAGAGAGCGGGUCUCCUUCUUGCUUUCCCUGCCCUCCUGCCUCACACGGCGACCUCCCUGUGGUCAGUGUUAUUGUGAAGAACACAGUACGAUCUGAGUCUUUGGAAGAGGAGGAGAAGUCUCACAGCGACAUAACAGUCACGGUGGGGGACCUCGCCUCACAGCUUGGUCCAAAAAUGCCUGCUGAUGCCCCCGUGGAGCCACAGAUUGCCAAUGGCUUUGAGGGAUCUGUCCCCAGGGAUCACGGACAGUCCAACACGGAGCCAUGGCACCCUUGUUCACCAUUGAGGUCUACACUGAAUGUUUCUGAGGGUAAAAGCGUUAGAGUUGCUGAGGUUGGAUCGGUCCAACACGCGACUGAUGUCAUGAAAAGUUCGAAACCCCUCCCCUACCUCCAGUCUUCGAGUAGGUUAUGUCCCAACUCCUCAACUCCCCCCUCCCCACACCUUCCUUGUCACUCCCCCGAAAAGGAGGAAACCUGUCUUCUCAGUAAUCCACCAUCCUCCCCUUUACCACAAAAUGGGAGUGUUAAGGCUGGAAUUAAGUAUUUUAUGCACUCAGAUGAAGAGGACUCAGAGCCUGACUUAGGAAGUCCGCUGGUGAUCCAGGAGAGCCCAGAAUCUGUAAUGUCCUCCCCUCCCAAAUUUAGACACAGAGCAAAACUACAGUCUGAGCUUCUUGGGUCUCCUGAAUCCCAUCCCUGCCUUGUUUCUCAUCGUCCUCUGCCUUCUCUGGCGCCUGCAAAACCUAAACCCAAAGUUGAAGAGAAGGGGCAACCUACCAGCCCCAGUUGUUCCUCCACAGCUCCUCAACCACAGAGAUCCCAGGACUGCCUCCCCUCUCUUAGCACGGGCCCUGCAUCAGUCCAAGAGGAGAAAUACCCAGAGCAUGUGAUUGAUGAAAGGGACUCACCUGAGAGCCCACCACCCAGUGAGACAGGUCUUGUAGUCCCUAAGAGAUGCAGCAGCCCUGAUUCGGCCCAAGAUACAGAUAACCAGAAGGACUUAGAUCAGGAAGAGGAGCUCAUGGAAGGUGAGCCCAGAGAAGAGGAAAGGCCAGGUGACACUGAGGAGCCGAGUGAGAAGGUGGCUGGAGAUGGGGAAAAUUUAAACAAGGAGAGCUGUGGUGCUGGCACUAAGGAUCCUGUUUCUGCUAGCCCUGCAGACACAUUUUCAUCUACAUUGCGUCCCCUCAAAGUUAAAAUCAAAAUGCCUAAGGGUAGCAUCACAAGGACUGUGACUGGUGUUGCCCCUAAAAAAAGAGCCACUCCCAAGGGUGUGAAUAGUUCAAAACCUUCAGCAGAGCAUCAUAACACAAGAUCCAAGAGGGAGUUGUCACAGCAAUCCCAGUUGCCUGCAAUGGCAAUGCUCCAGGACGCCUGUGCUGCAACGCUGGAAAGUGCCAGUACGGUCAAAGACAAAACCGCAGUGGACACCAAGCCGAAAGUUUCCCCGACAGCUGUUAGCAUCACUAAAACUGCAGCCCUGCCCACCAUCUCUGUCUCCAUUCCAAGAGUCAGCCCGGGUGGGAUGAACCCUCGCGGCCUGGCUCAUAAAACUCUGAACAGUGGGAUGGCACCUUCGCCUUUGCUUACGCCUCAAGGUAGCAGCAGACCAGCCUCCAUCGUUAACAGCACCGGGGCGAUCAUAUCCAAGACUCAGACCAACCUGGUUGAAGCUUUUAACAAGAUCCUAAACAACAAAAACCUCCUGCCCAGUUAUAAACCAGAUCUGAGCUCACCUCUUCCUGCAGAGUGGGGCCUUCCUCUACCUGCACAGGGUUACCGCUGUUUGGAGUGCGGUGAUGCUUUUGCCUUGAAGCAGAGCUUGGCGCGGCACUACGACCGCCGCUCGCUGAGGAUUGAGGUGACCUGUAAUCACUGCGCCAAACGGUUAGCCUUCUACAACAAGUGCAGCCUGCUGUUACACGCCAGAGAACACAAGGAGAGAGGCCUGAUCAUGCAGUGUUCACACCUGGUCAUGAAACCUGUUCCGGUUGAGCAGAUGAUUGGCCACCAGGAACCGACGGCAACUGGACCAUCAUCAUCCUCUUUAGGCCAGGCCACCCCAACACCCAUGCCACAUCAAGCAGCAUCCAAGAAGAAAGCAGAGGCAGUGCAGUACAUCAGUAACAAAUGUUCUGAGUGUCAGGUUCAGUUUCAUAGCAAAGAAGAGGUGGCUGAGCAUUUCCAAGAAAUCAAACCAACACAAACCUCUUCAUGCACAGAGUGUUCUCCUCCCAUGCUUCUGCCCAACAGCUGCAGUGCAGCAGCUCAUCAACGCAUCCACCAAGGCUGUCCACCACACGUCUGCCCAGAGUGUGGGGGCACGGCCAAGCAGCCGCUAUUUCAAACACACCUUGACGAGACCUGUUUACACUUUGCACGACGCAUUGGAUACAGAUGUUCCAGUUGCCUGGUGGUGUUUGGGGGGCUUAACUCAGUGAAGUCUCACAUUCAGCAGGCUCAUUGUGAUAUGUUCCACAAAUGCCCCAGCUGUCCUAUGGCUUUUAAAUCUGCUCCCAGCAUCCAGAACCACAUCAGUGCCCAACAUCCAACGCUCACUGAAAAAAAGACUAUGGCAAUAUAUAAAUGUGUCAUGUGUGACACUGUUUUUACAAACAAGUCUCUGCUGUACGUCCACUUUGACACUCAUUUAACAAAUCAAAAGGUGCAUGUGUUCAAAUGCCCUGAGUGCACCAAGUUGUUUUCUCAGAGGAAUUCCCUUCUGGAUCAUUUCAAGACCCAUAAGACUGCCACGUUAAAACAAGAGUUGCCUUCACCUCCAGCUGCUUCUUCUCGUUCACGACCUUCAGUGAAAUUGGAGAGCUCAGAUGGAGAAGAGCGUAUGGAUGAAGAGAAAGUGAAGCCGGAGAGGAUGAAGACUCCCUCAGGAUGGAAGUGUGCACCUUGCCAUGCACGCUACACAGACCGGGAGGACUACAUUACCCAUAUGGCUGAACAACAUAGCAAGAAUCUGAAGAAGUUUCCUUGUAACAAGUGUGAGAGCUCCUUCACCACCACCUCCAGUCUGAGACGUCACAUCAGAGACAAACACAAAGUCAUGAACCGUUGCUUUCGCUGCCAGUUCUGUAGUGAGGGUAAGAAAACUUUCAGCAGCAGAGCGAUGUUGGAGAGACAUGUUCAGCAAAAACACAGCAUGGACCCAGGGAGCCAGAACACACUGACAGGAGGCGGAGAUGAGGCCGAUAGUUCCUCAGAACAGGACGGCAGUUUGGGGGCUUGCCGUAGACGGAAAGGAGCUGUGAGGAUGGAGCAGGACGAAGAGUCCACAGAUGGAGCGAGUUCAGUGAAGAAGAUGCGGUCCUCCUCCUCUGGCCCCCCCUCCCUUGCUGAGUCUGGGUUCCGCUGCGCCCCCUGUGGCUUCACCACAGAAGACCAGGCAUUGUUCCUCGAGCAUAUCAGCCAGCACCGGCGAGGAGGGAUGGAGGGCGGCAACGGUGGUCAGCAGUGUCUACAGUGUGGGGCCUGCUUCACAUCCAUAUCCGCCCUGUCACGCCAUCGCUUCAUCACCCACAAAGUGAGAGAUGCAUCGACUGACAACCAGCAAUCCGUCAGUAUGCACCCAGCACCUUCCCCUGGUGCCAACAGGAACCAUGAGGAUAAGAGUUCUCUGGACGGUUCUGCACCAGCCUCCCCCUCCUCUCAAUCCUCCAUAGCUCUGGGGAAGGAAGAGGAGGGCACACUGGCCUGUAGGGUGUGUGAUAAACAAUUUGAAAAGGCAACAGAUCUGACUACGCACUUCAGAACUCAUGGUAUGGCUUUUAUCAAUGCAAGGAACGCCGGAAAAACUCCCUAAAUAAGCGGGUAAGAGCACUGUCGAUUGGUGUUGACAGGUGAUUUGCAAGUGCCUUAAUACUGUCAACUUAUUAUCAAAGAGUGGGUUUGCACACUUUUGCAAGAAUUUAACCAAAGAAAAGUAAUAUAACAGAGUUUCCAUGUGAAUAGAUUGUAAAACAAUCACGUGAUUUUCACUGGUGAGGAUAAAAUUAACCUUUUACUCAGGAUCUAAUGCUGCAUUUUUAGAUUAGAGCUACUUCUUUGUAAGUGAACAGUUAUUCUGACUAGUUUAUUGCUGUGACCCGUUCACAUAAUGUGCCCGUAGAGAAUCGUGAUCCUACUGUGAUUAUGAUGUCUGUUUCAUUGAAUGUUGAUAAGUCAGCGAUCGAUUGUUUCUGUUUUGAUUUCAAUAUAUUCAUCUAACUGAGGAGAUGUAUGAAUGGCAACAGAGGUAUUUUUCUGCUAAGUACUUUUUUUUUUUUUUUAAAUAAUGAUUGCAGCGGUUUAGAAUGUUAGGUUGGUUACUAUUAAAUGUGUAUAAUUUUAUUAAUGCCAUUUUCAGAAACUUACAAUAACAAGUUAUAUUGACUCCCACCUCUAAAAGCAGUCAUUGGUUUCUUUACAUUUAAGUGUAUGUAUGAAAACUAAUUCAAAAAAACUUUCUUAUAAUAAAUAACCAAUCAAAUUUCCUUUUUAUGCUUUCUUGCUGAGCUACAAUAGCCGAGUACUUACACAAAGAUGAAAUUUGGUACCAAAAAGAUUUUGGACCCACUUUAUUCGUCUAACUUAAACUGCUGAAACUAAAUUUUGAAAUAUAUUUUUGCACCGAAUGAUCACUGGAUUUUGUCCCCUGUACAUUAUCUUGGGAAAGAAAAGUCUUCACUGCCAGUAUUACAGUGACUAAUAACUUUCAAUGCACAUAGUGGGAUGUUGGUAUUGUUUCAAGACAGAAUUUAAAAAAAAAAAAGUGAACCUAACCUAUCCUUUAAAUGUUUACCAGAAUUGAUAACAUGUCUCAGCAAGUUUGAAGUCCCUGUAUGUUUAUAUUUAAAAACUUUGCUUUGGGAAAUGGUUAGCAGUAGUCUGAAAUGUUUAAGAUUUUUAGUUAAUGGAGUAAAACUGGAAUGACUUUUACUGUUUUGACAUUAGAUUGACUGAUGUAUUCCUUCUCAGUGAGUAAGAGAUUGAAGUAAAAUUAUGAAAUAUUUGGGCUUUUGUGAUGCGUUUUCUAAAUCUUAUUUUGCGAGAUUGCUGUAAACAUAAGAUCAGUAUGUAUGUGAUAAUGUCUAUUUCUUAUGCUUUUCUGAUGUAGGAUGAUAAGAACAUGUUGAACCCUGUAUCUUUUAUUAGUCUUCAGUCUUUGCACUGCAAAAAAUCAGAUGUUGCAGCAUGGCUCGGUGACUGUCAGCAGAUUGUGUUGUUGAUGGGCAGUUGUCAACUUAGCUUUGAUAUAAACACAGAAGGACAUGAAAUGUGUUUCAUUUCAGAAUAGUAAUUGUUGCUUGAUAUAAAGAGAUCUGAGAGGAAAAACAAGUGUUUAAAGUUAGGUAGAAAUACCUUCUUCUGUAAUUGGUGCUUGGAAGAUUUAGAGGGAUGUAUUUUGAUUAAGUGGCACUUUUUUUAUGCUGUUCGUGUCCGGCUGAAACAUCUCCAACCACAGGAUUGAUUGACUGAGCCUAUGCCCAUGCAUCCGCAUCUGAGAUUUGUUUUUAAUAACUGCCCUGUUGUCAUCAGUGACCUGUUUGUGCUUACUUUCUCAGGAGAUUAUCCAAUGCUUGAACACUCACUGUUCCAUUUAAAUUUUCUGUUAUUGCAUUGACAAAGACGAUUUAUAUCCAAAAGUAAAAAAAAAAGAUUAAUAAAAA